GUAGGAGGAGGCCAGUUUGUCAGCUUCAUUGAUGUUGCUCGGCGGGUCCGCCGCGGUUCUCGUUUAUCGCAGCCUGCUCACCGCCUCCGGCUGCUGGAGAAGCCGCGUCCUCGGGCCCCGAGCCAGAUCCGCUACUCCCGCACUCGGCAACUGGGCCAGCGGCAAGAGGCUUCUCGGCAUCAGCACAGACAAAAUGCCGGCCAAGAGACCUUUCGAGCGGCUCCCCACCGACGUGAGCCCGGAGAACUACGCGCUGUGCCUGAAGCCCGACCUCGUCGACUUCACUUUCGAGGGCAAGCUGGAAGCGUCGGUAGAGGUAAGACAGGCGACCAAUCAGAUUGUCAUGAACUGUGCUGAUAUAGACAUCAUUACAGCAUCAUAUGUUCCAGAAGGUGGUCAAGAGAUAAAUGCAACAGGGUUCAAUUAUCAGAAUGAAGAUGAGAAGGUGACGCUUUCAUUUCCUAGCGCGCUACAGAAAGGUAAUGGCACUUUGAAGAUUGAUUUUGUUGGAGAACUCAACGAUAAAAUGAAGGGAUUUUACAGAAGCAAAUAUACAACAUCGUCAGGAGAAAUCCACUUUGCUGCUGUUUCUCAAUUUGAGCCAACAGAUGCAAGGCGAGCAUUUCCAUGUUGGGAUGAACCUUCCAUUAAAGCAACAUUUGACAUCACACUCAUUGUUCCAAAGGACAAAAUUGCCUUAUCAAACAUGAAUGUGACUGAACGUAACCCGUACCCUGACGAUGACGACCUAGUGGAAGUCAAGUUUGCCAAAUCACCCAUAAUGUCCACAUAUUUAGUGGCAUUUGUGGUUGGUGAAUACGAUUUUGUGGAAGCCAAGUCAUCGGAUGGUAUUCUCGUUCGUGUCUACACACCCAUUGGAAAAGCGGAACAAGGAAAAUUUGCGCUUGAGGUUGCUGCCAAGACACUACCUUUUUAUGGAGAAUACUUCAAUGUUCCGUAUCCUCUACCAAAAAUCGAUUUAAUAGCCAUUGCAGACUUUGCAGCAGGUGCCAUGGAAAAUUGGGGUCUUGUAACGUACAGAGAAACGGCCCUCUUGAUUGAUCCAAAAAAUUCCUGCUCAUCAUCAAAACAGUGGGUUGCUUUGGUAGUCGGCCAUGAGCUUGCUCAUCAGUGGUUUGGAAACCUCGUCACUAUGGAGUGGUGGACACAUCUGUGGUUAAAUGAAGGCUUUGCUUCCUGGAUUGAGUAUCUGUGUGUUGAUCACUGCUUCCCAGAAUAUGAUAUCUGGACCCAGUUUGUAUCGGUUGACUACGCACGAGCACUAGAACUUGAUGCCCUUGACAGCAGCCAUCCAAUUGAGGUCGCAGUAGGGCAUCCGGCAGAAGUGGAUGAAAUAUUUGAUGCAAUUUCUUAUAGCAAAGGAGCAUCAGUAAUUCGAAUGCUGCACAAUUACAUUGGUGAUGUGGAUUUCAGGAAAGGAAUGCACGUAUACUUGACGACAUUUCAAAAUAGAAAUGCAGCAACAGAGGAUCUUUGGAGCUCUUUAGAACAAGCCAGUGGAAAGCCUAUUAAUGCUAUAAUGAGCUCAUGGACAAAACAGAUGGGGUUUCCUCUCAUUUAUGUUGAAGAAAAGCAGGAAGGAGAUGACCGAAUAUUGAAGAUUUCCCAGAAAAAAUUCUGUGCCAGUGGAACAUAUGGUGGUAGUGACUGUCCUCACUGGAUGGUCCCUAUUAGUAUCUGCACCAGUGAAGAUGUAAGCUGUGAUAAUGUGAAGGUGUUACUGGACCAGCCAGAGAUGACUAUCACUGUGAAGAAUGUGAAACCGCAUCAAUGGAUAAAGUUGAACCCUGGAACAGUGGGCUUUUGUCGAAUUCAGUACGAUCCAACAAUGCUCGAACGUUUAUUAUCCAGCGUCCAGAACCUUGCACUUCCUCCUGUGGACCGACUGGGGCUUCAGAAUGACUUGUUUUCACUGGCUCGAGCCGGCAUUGUCAGCACAGUGGAAGCUUUGAAAGUCAUGGAGGCUUUUGUGAAUGAGCCAAAUUACACGGUGUGGAGCGAUAUAAGCACCAAUCUGGGGACACUUUCUACAUUAUUAUCCCAUACAGACUUCCUUGAAGAAUUGCAAGAAUUUAUUGUUGACUUGUUCUCGCACAUUGGGUUGAAGCUUGGCUGGGAUCCGAAGCAUGGCGAGGGUCACCUAGACGCACUCCUGAGAAGUUUGAUCCUGGGGAUGUUGGGCAAAGCUGGACACCAACCCACGAUAGAGGAAGCACGGCGCAGGUUUAAGGAUCACGUUGAAGGAAGGGUGGUCUUAUCUGCUGAUCUGCGAAGCCCCGUAUAUUUAACCGUUCUGAAACAUGGAGAUGCAACAACACUAGAAACAAUGUUGAAGCUCCACAACCAAGCAGAUCUACAGGAAGAGAAAGUUCGAAUUGAAAGACUGCUGGGCGCCAUCUUACACCCGGACCUCUUUCAGAAAGUUUUGACCUUUGCUAUGUCGGAGGAAGUUCGUCCCCAGGACACGGUCUUUGUACUCGGUGGAGUAUCAAGUGGGAGUUUAUUGGGGAGGAGAGCUGCCUGGAAGUUUCUAAAGGACAACUGGGAGGAACUAUACAAUCGUUACCAAGGAGGCUUUUUAAUAUCACGAUUAAUCAAGCUAACAGUGGACGGUUUUACCGGUGAUAAGAUGGCAGCUGAUGUCAAGAGCUUCUUCGAGACUCACCCGGCCCCUGCAGCUGAGCGAACCAUCCAACAGUCCUGCGAGAACAUUCUGCUGAACGGAGCAUGGCUGAAGCGCGACGCGGAGGCCAUCCAACAGUACCUGCUGCAGCGCAAAGCAGCGCACCUAACCGUCUGAUCAGAGGAGCCCUGAGCCACCAUCGUCCCACUGCCUUGCCACGGGAAGGGGAGUUGGAAAGUAUAUUUCAUGGCUAGAACCUGUUGCCUAUUAACAGUGGUUGGAAAUGAAUGUAGUUUAUACCUCAUUUUUAAGAGAGACAAAUAAAGCUAUUGGCACUUGAAAUGAAAUGUGUUAUUGUGCGUGCAGACAGUGGCAUGGUCUUAUAAUGUUUGAUUGGUGACAACUUAGAACACUGAAGCAAACCUGCUGGUUAUAUUGUGGUAAUGUAAUUACUUCCCUCCUCCCUGGUCAAGGCGAGUUAAUUCUUAUUUAAUUAUUUCUAGGCCUCAGUUUAACCAUUCAUGUCCUUCAUAAAGAGGAAAAAAACCAUCUCAAUAACAGCCACGUCGAAUAAAAAUAGGAUAUAUAAAUAAAAACAUUGUACUAGAUGAGCUUUCAUUUUAAAAUGAAAUGGGCUAGGGACCAUUAUGAGAAUAGGAUGCAUGAAUUGUGGUGUGUAUACCCAGGCCAUUUUGACUGUUAAUUUACAAUUUAGCACAGAAAUUGUUUUAAAAGAAAUUAUAUAACUUUAAUACUUGAACAAAUUGAUGUGAGUUAAAGACCCCUUAGCCUGGGAACACUGCUGAAGAGUAGCAACAAAAGCAAGUCCUGAUCCCUCUGCUUACGUAUAACCAUUUUGAAAGCCUUAAAACUGGUACAAACUGGUGUGUAUUGGGAGGGGUGGGGAGGGAUGUAUGUGGGAGACAUCUUUGUAAAUGGUAGAAUUAACUUGCAAACAAGAGAGCCAUGUUGUACUAAUCCUGCAAAAUACAUAAAGCAUUCGGAGGGAUGGGCUGCACCUGAUUUUAACAAAAAUCUGAUGUUUAACGUGGCUUCAGUUUGCUUGGAGAAGGUCAUCAAACUAAUUGUCAAACUGCUUCCCUGAAAUAUUCGUUGUGCUUUUUGUUUUAAGAUACAGUUGGUGUUAAUAAAAAAAAAAAUUGUCAAAGUG